ACUUUCUGUAUUCCUGUAUUCGUAUUAUAUCUUUCUAAUUUGUGCGGUAUUCAAUUCAAGAUACUCUUUGAUUCAAUUUGCAAAGCAAAGCCGUUACAAAGUGCAAAAUAAAUGCUAGAAUAUUAAUCGAGACACGCAGUAUGAAUAGCGAUCGGAGUCCUACCAUUACUCUUGAAAGUGGUGACCAAGACCAGGCCGUACUCAUGGAUUCCAUUGAUCACGAACGCAGUCGAUACCCUUAUUGCAUAGUUUGGACGCCGAUUCCUGUUUUAACUUGGAUGUUUCCCUUCCUCGGGCAUAUGGGCAUUUGCACAUCUACAGGAGUUAUCAGAGACUUUGCGGGACCUUACUUCGUCUCAGAAGACUUGAUGGCGUUCGGCAACCCCACAAAGUAUUGGCAGCUGUCACCACAGAGAGCCAACAAUGGACAGGCGGGUUGGGAUGCUGCCGUUGCCGAAGCGUCCGAGAUUUACAAAAAAAGAAUGCAUAUAAUAUUCUAUGAUAACUGUCACUCGCAUGUGGCAAAAGCACUGAACAUAAUGAACUACAAUGGCUGCAAGAACUGGAACAUGGUCAAGUUGGCUCUCUACAUGAUACCAUAUUCAAAAUAUGUCAGUUUUGCUGCAUUCCUGAAAACGUGGCUACCAUUCUUCAUCAUAGUGGCAUUUAUAUGUGGCCUAGCAGCAAUCAUAUAAAUAAGUUUUUCUUAUUGGAGAGUAAACUCUAAACUCAAGUGUCAAGUUGUGUGACUCAAGAGGAAUGGGCAAUGUGAAACUUAAAGUGUAACAUGUGACAUGAGUGAACUUCGUAAAAUGCUACUUAAACGAUUUUGGUGUAACAGCAUUGUUAUUGUAAUUUUUGUAAGCAUUUUUGCAAACUAUCAAGAAUUGACUGACGCAAUGUAACUGUUACAGACUAGACGCACUGGAAUUACAUUCAUCAUAUUAUAAAAUUCCUGUGGUACUUUAGACAUUUUGAUUAAUUCCACAUGGAUUUUAGAAGCUGCUCUUAGUGCUAGCAACAUUGUACAAGUUAUUAAUUACUAAAGAAAGCAACAUCCUUAAAGAGCCAACAAUGAGUGACUGAUUUACAGAAAUAGUAUUUUUACUAUGAAGUUUGUAAAACUGGUGUCAGUAAGGAAGAAAAAUUGUAUUAUACCUUAUUUGUGAACUAUAAUCGGAAUGUGAUAUAGAUAUGUAUUUCUAGUGGUUUUUAUUGUCUCCAAGUGGGUCAAUGGGAUAUGCAUAGGUUAUUUAAAUGUUUUUUAACAAUGUAAUGUCUGUGUAAAUAUGUUUUUUUCUAGUGGGUACUUUAUUUUUUUACUGUUAAACAAAACAAACAAAAAAUUCACUUGAUACACACUCAGAAAAUCCAAAUAAGUUUUAUUUGGAUGCUUGUUAUAGCUUAUUGUUUUUAUGUAUCAAAGAUACAUGUGAAAUUAGCACAUCUUAUUUACUUUGAUACUUUACUGUGUACAAUAUACUCCAAUCAGUGUUGAGUCUCAGUAAUUUUUAAAACAUUGGACACACAGUAUUAUUAUAUUUAUCAAUGAUGGCGUGGAAACAAACAAUAAACUUUUAGCCAGCACUGACAGACUUGAUAAAGUUUACAUUAUAUAUUUAUGAGACCUACCAAUUCAAAAUAUAAAAACAGAAUGUGCUCAUUCUCCUAUUAAUAUUCCUAGUUGUAAAUCAUGUAUCUAAGGUGUAAUUAAGUUCUUUUCAAAGAUAUUUUCUGUAUAUUGUGUAAAUAAUAAAAUAUCAU